AGUUUUCUUUUUUGUUUUAAAAAAAUAAAUGUUCAACGAAUAACUAUGUAAGUAUCUCUCUGUAUUACAUCUUGGACUUCUAGAUCUCGAUCCUGACCGAUUCCACGAUGCCCCUUGCUACGUAUCCCAAUCAAAGGGCUGGAAAUAUUAAGCAGGAAAGGGUGCAAUUUCAAUCUGAGCUUAUUGCCAAAUUUCCUCACGAAUACGAGGACAAGGAAGAAGACAGUACGUCAGAUGACACAUACCUAUGUAUGCCCGCUAACCCACUAGGACUUUUCCUCACCAUACCAAUAGGUCCAUUUUCAAUAACAUAUUACUUGUACCUGCUGUAUACUCGACUUUUAAAACUUUAUGACUGGUUCUUUACAAAAGAGCUCGUGGAUUUCUAUCGGGGUUACAAACACCGCUUCGUUAAGCAGUCAAGGAAAUGGAUCAUGAGCUGGCAGUUAAUAAAUUUCACCGUAUCCGCUAUAAAGGAUCUCAAGCCUAAGGAUUUCCUCGCUCAAAAACUCGAUAAUUUUGUGACGUCACGGAUCCGUUUGCGACAUCGAAUAUUUGACUUUCUCAGCAAUAUCAGCUACGUCGGAAUAGGUUUGGACUUGCGUGGACGGCUGUGGUUCCACAAUAAGACGACGAGGCAGAAUAAAACUGGGGAUGUGAUUUCAAUGCUGUGGAACAAGGAUGAUUUACGAAUGGGUUUCAUCGAGUAUUGGAUCCAUAAACUAUUGAAUCAACCGCUGAGACCGGGCGGUGCUUUAUGGGAACGGUUCGAGAUGUUCCGGAUUUUCUACAAUAAAAGUUACGAGCCUAAAGAACUGUUUCAACGCAUGGGAGUAUUUGUGAACAAUCUUCAAGUCAUCGCCUCACUUAACAGGAGAGAGACAGGGACUGCAAUUUACGGUUUGUCGCAGUACUCCGAUAGAACUGUUGAAGAAUUCGCUCAAAUAUUUGGAGCUUACAACUCAACUGCUGACGAUACAAACGAGUACAUAAAUGAAGAGAUUAGCCCUAUCUCGGGCUACGUGCCCGACUAUUUUGACUGGCGCUACAUAUUCCGUGUCGUGACUGCCCCUAAAGAUUAUAGGAGUUGUCCCGCUGCUUGGGCUUACACCGUGGUUGAGAAUAUUGAAACGUUACACGCUAUUAGGACCGGCCAGCAAAAAAACUUUUCCGAUCAACAAAUUAUAGACUGUGAUCGAAAAUCAAUGGGUUGUCGUGGUGGGAGCGUCAUAAAUGCUUAUCAGUACGUGUAUAGAGCAGGUUUAACGGAAGAGAACAAUUACCCAUACAUGGGUUACCAAGAGAAAUGUCACUACAAUCCGUCAAUGGCCGACGUUGAAAUUCAAAAGGGCUUCAAGUACAUUAUGCCUGACGAGGAGAAAAUGCGGAAUUAUAUCUACAGCUAUGGUCCAGUGAUCGCGCGCAUCAACAUUGGACCAUUGCAAUUCUAUAAAAAAGGCAUAAUUCGUUGCUAUCAUGAGAUUUGCGAUCCAAGAGUGCAAAACUACGUUGUGAAUUUAUACGGUUACGGACUGCUCACCAAGUUGAAAGGAAAAAAAAUUCACCCGGUGCCAUAUUGGAUUGGUAAAAACUUCUGGGGUUCGUGGUGGGGUGAAGAAGUGAGUAAAAAUUUAUCAUACAUUUUAGUCCAAGUCCAAGCCCGUCUACCAAAAAUCUCUUGAUCGUUUGAAAACAGCGUGUCAAGAACUCGUCG